UAAUGUCAACAGUUUGCAUAUUCAGCAUCGCCCUGCCAGAGUCUCUACCUUUGAAAUUCUGUGGGAGCGGCAAGCGUCGACUCCGGGCUAUUACACAAUUUUUGUGCGGGUGGAACGGCAUUCUUCUGGUACGGUGUCAGGGUAGGCUACAAGCUACGCGCUCAUCGGACGACGCAGGCUACGCAUUGUUGCAGCGACUGGGUCGAACCAUUUUGGUAUUUCGUUUGCCUUUUGAGGUCAUUCGCGAACUCUGGUUUUGCGGACAUGGUAGAUUAUCACGCCACAAAUAAUCAAUACCCGUCGGGCAACCAAAACCAAUACAUGGAACAAGAAAAUGAUUGGGACCGGGACCUGCUGCUCGACCCGGCCUGGGAAAAACAGCAGAGGAAGACAUUCACAGCCUGGUGCAACUCCCAUCUACGCAAGGCUGGCACACAGAUCGACAACAUCGAAGAGGACUUCAGGGAUGGCCUCAAACUCAUGCUGCUACUAGAGGUCAUCUCAGGAGAGAGGUUACCCAAACCUGAAAGGGGCAAGAUGAGAGUUCACAAGAUCAACAAUGUCAACAAAGCACUGGAUUUCAUCGCCAGCAAGGGAGUCAAGCUUGUGUCCAUUGGCGCAGAAGAAAUUGUGGAUGGCAAUGCAAAGAUGACCUUGGGCAUGAUCUGGACCAUCAUCCUGCGUUUCGCUAUCCAGGAUAUCUCAGUGGAAGAGACCUCCGCAAAGGAAGGUUUGCUGCUUUGGUGUCAGAGGAAGACGGCUCCAUACAACAAUGUCAACGUCCAGAACUUCCACAUGAGCUGGAAGGAUGGCCUGGCGUUCAAUGCUCUAAUCCACAGACACAGACCUGAGUUGAUCGACUAUGAUAAGCUCAGAAAGGAUGAUGCGGUGCAUAAUCUGAACAAUGCCUUUGAAGUGGCCGAGAAAUACCUCGACAUCCCAAAGAUGUUGGACGCAGAAGACAUCGUGGGCACUCUGCGGCCCGACGAGAAGGCCAUCAUGACCUAUGUCUCCUGCUUCUAUCACGCCUUCUCUGGUGCCCAGAAGGCUGAAACGGCGGCCAAUAGGAUCUGCAAGGUCCUGGCUGUCAAUCAAGAGAACGAGCACCUGAUGGAGGAUUAUGAGAAGUUGGCAAGUGAUCUGCUGGAGUGGAUCCGCAGGACCAUCCCCUGGCUUGAGAACCGGGCCCCGGAGAAGACCAUGGCGGAGAUGCAGCAGAAGCUGGAGGACUUCCGGGACUACCGCCGCGUGCACAAGCCGCCCAAAGUGCAGGAGAAGUGUCAGCUGGAGAUCAACUUCAACACGCUGCAGACCAAGCUGCGCCUUAGCAACCGGCCCGCCUUCAUGCCCUCCGAGGGCCGCAUGGUGUCGGACAUCAAUGGAUCCUGGCACAAGCUGGAGGGGGCAGAGAAGGGCUAUGAGGAAUGGCUCCUCAACGAGAUUCGCCGUCUGGAGAGGCUAGACCACUUGGCCGAGAAGUUCCGUCAGAAAGCCACUAUCCACGAAUCAUGGACUGAUGGUAAGGAAGCCAUGCUAACCCAAAAGGACUACGAGACCGCCUCUCUGUCUGAGGUGAAAGCUCUGUUGAAGAAACACGAGGCCUUCGAGAGCGAUCUGGCUGCACACCAGGACCGCGUGGAGCAGAUAGCCGCCAUCGCUCAGGAGCUCAAUGAGCUGGACUACUACGACUCCCCGAGUGUGAAUGCACGUUGCCAGAAGAUCUGUGAGCAGUGGGACACUUUGGGCUCCCUCACCCAGAGUCGCCGAGAGGCCCUCGAGAGGACGGAGAAGCAGUUGGAGUCCAUUGAUGAGCUAUACCUGGAGUAUGCCAAGAGGGCGGCGCCAUUCAACAACUGGAUGGAGGGAGCUAUGGAGGACUUGCAGGACAUGUUCAUAGUGCAUAACAUUGAGGAGAUACAGGGUUUGAUUUCAGCACACGAUCAGUUCAAGUCCACCCUUCCCGAAGCGAACAAGGAGCGGGAAGCCAUCCAGGCUAUCCAGGCCGAGGUGCAGAAGAUCGCCCAGUACAACGGCAUCAAACUGGCCGGAAACAACCCCUACACUUCAAUCACUCCCGAGAGCAUCGACAACAAGUGGGACAAGGUGCAGCAGCUGGUGCCUCAGCGUGACCAGGCCUUGGAGGAAGAGCUCCAGCGCCAGCAGUCCAACGAUCAUCUGAGACGCCAGUUCGCCAACCAGGCCAACAUGGUCGGACCCUGGAUCCAGAACAAGAUGGAGGAGAUUGGCCGGAUAUCCAUCGAGAUGAACGGGACGCUGGAGGAUCAGCUGACCAACCUGAGGGAGUACGAGCAGAGCAUCAUCGAGUACAAGCCCAACAUCGACAAGCUGGAGGGAGACCAUCAGCUCAUCCAGGAGGCCCUGAUCUUCGACAACAAGUACACCUCCUACACCAUGGAGCAUUUGCGAGUGGGAUGGGAACAGCUGCUCACCACCAUCGCUCGCACGAUUAAUGAGAUCGAGAACCAGAUCUUGACUCGCGACGCCAAGGGCAUCAGCCAGGAGCAGCUCCAUGAGUACCGCACCUCCUUCAACCACUUCGACAAGGACCACAGUGGUAUGUUGCAGGCUGAGGAGUUCAAGGCCUGCCUCAUCAGUCUGGGCUACGAUGUGGAGAACGAUAAACAGGGCGAUGCGGAGUUUGCCCGCAUCAUGGGCAUCGUGGACCCCAACAACAGUGGAGCGGUGACCUUCCAGGCCUUCAUCGACUACAUGUCCCGGGAAACCACCGACACAGACACCGCCGACCAGGUCAUCGCCUCCUUCAAGAUCUUGGCUGGAGACAAGAACUAUAUCACAGCGGAGGAGCUGCGAAGAGAGUUGCCCCCCGACCAGGCGGAGUACUGUAUCGCCCGCAUGGCCCCCUAUGCCGGCCCUGACACCAUCCCCGGGGCCCUGGACUACAUGUCCUUCUCAACCGCUCUCUAUGGCGAGAGCGAUCUCUAAAAGCACACACACUCACACACAUGCCAGCGUGCACACACACACACCAGGAGCCUAUACUAAGAAGCUGGUUCAGGUGUAAACCAGGUCAAGUUAAGAUGUAAAUCAUCUAACAGAAGAGCCUGGAGUAAUGAGGACUCAAGGCUCUUCUAUUUGAUGAUUUACCUCUUAACUUAACCUGGUUUACUCCUGAACCAGCUUCUUGGUGUAGGCCUCUGAUAGGGUGGGGUCGAGAGGGUGAGGUAGUAAACAAAUAAUCUGUCAAAGGGUGAGGUGAGCAGUGCUUAAUCCAGGCUUGCACCCUCUCGGAGAACAGCAAGUUCAUCACCUCGCUUUGAGUUCAGCAUUAGCUGCAUAUUUUAAUAAUUAUUAUUAUUAUUAUUAUUAUUGGUUAUCAUUUUGUUUGUGUUGAAAUGAGGCAAAAAAAGAAAGACGGUAAGGGAGAGGGACCAAGGCAAAUGUUAGCUAAGCAAGACAUAUAGAUACAAGGUUUAGACAAAAGAAAACAACAAAUGAAGAGAAUGAAUUAUUAUGAGUGAUGGAUGUUGGAAUGAAUAUGGAAUAUCAGGCGUCCUUCUUUCAGCUCAGUUAGCAAAACAUGUGGAACUUGGACAUUUAAACCUCAACCCUUUCAAUGUUUUUGUUAUUUCUCUUGAUUUUCUUUUGUUUUGUUUUGUUUUUUGGGGGUAUUUUUUUCUUUUGUUUUGUAAUGCUCGCCACUAGAAUGUGAGUUCACGGGUUAAAAAAUGCUGUACAUACUUUUUUUGCCGUAUGCAAAAUUAUCAGAUAACACCUGUCAGGCUUAUAGGGCUUCUUGAUCAAAACAGUUAUUAAAAAAAUAUGAAAUAUAGUGAAGAACAGCUAUAUCUUUUUUGGCAGAAUACUGUAGAUAGGUUUGUGUUUAAGGCUGUUUAAAAUUCUGAUCUCCUUCUAGAAUCAUUUUCUUUUGGAAAUCAUCUAUACUGUUGGAUGGUACACAUGCAUCAGAAUGUUAAGGACCCCUGGACAUGCAUUGGAGUGUCAAUCCAUACUAAUCAUGCGCCCAUGGAUUUUGACGUGACUUUCAAAAAACAAAAAAAAGUUUUUGCAGAAACCCUCCCCUAACCCUUUUCUCUCAAAUUUUGUAAUUUAGCAUUGGCUUCAACCGUGGCACUGAACUGUCCCCAUUUUUAUUAAGAAUUUGUGAUUGUUCCACACAUGUUGGCGACAGCAAGCUAAACCAACAAUUCUGGCACUGAACACAUGGAUCUGACAUGUAAAACCCCUCCUGCCUUAUGUACACAACGUUGAGACAGCCACCACACCACCACCACUUAAAAGAAAAGUGGGGCGAGUCAGAGAGAGAGAGAAAAACUUGUGCCUGGUAGUUUCUUUGUCCCUGGUCUGUCUUUCUACCUCCCUCCUUUCCUUCUGUCAGAUGUUUUUUUUUUCCUCCCCCCCCUCCCCCCUCACAGUUAAAAGUUAAAACCAGGGACAUACAGAGGAGAGGUGAGGAGUGAAGUGUUAAACAUUCCAUGUUGUCUUAAUAAUGAAAAGAUCUAACUGUAUUCCAAUCUAUGCAAUUGUCUCGAUGUUAUGAGGGGUGGAACUGAAAGAAUUGAACAGACAACUUUGAUUACAGUAAGUCUGAACAUGUUUAAAAUGAUUUCCUGUGAGGGAAGGGUUUGGAGAGGUGGUGGCAGUAUUUAGAGGGAGGAAAAAAAGAGAAAUAAAAUGACUACAAACCUGUCCUUUUUCUGCCAGGUUGGAAAGCGUUGAAUUUUAAAAAGAGAAUCAUGAGCUUUCUUGGUAACACUUUAGUUGACGCCGGUGUCAUAAGCAUGUCAUUACAGUGUCAUAAUAGUGUCAUAGCACAGUUAUGGACGUGUCAUAAACAUUAUGUCCACGUCAUAAACCUUUUAUGACUGUUGGCCUUCAGUGACAAGCAAAGACAACCCAAGGUUGUAUUUUCCAUAACCGAAUGUCAGUUAAGGCCAACAGUCAUAAAAUGUUUGACAUGGACAUAAUGUUUAUGCCUUAUCUAUUACUGCAUCAUGACACUAUAAUGACACUGUAAUGACAUGCUUAUGACACCGGAGUCAAGUAAAGUGUUACCGCUUUCUUUGUUUUUUUUGUACUCUUCAAUAUCAACCCUGAUCUGCUGUAGUGGAUUGUUUGCUAUGAAACAAAAAUCUGCUUUCUGUCUCAAGUGAAUUUCACAUGCACACAAAAUUUCCUUAUAAAAUAUUACCACAUUA